UGUCAACGAUCUGAUCAAUUCACUUGAGAGUACAUGGAAGACGACGUGUAUUUCGCAAUGCAUUGCGAAACAUAAAGCUACAUGGCAAAUACCUGUCCCUCAAUUGACGUAUAGAACAUGGCCUCAAAACAGACUGAAAAUACAACCAAUGACACCAUUUGCUUGACCUAGUGCGGGCAAUAAGGCUUCACCUGAUUGUGAUUCGUAUACAUUUGCUCAAUUCAAAUAUCUAUCGUAUCGUAUCGAAUGAUGCAUACCUUAUGUACUUUAUCAAAGUUGCUGACUUUGAUCAAAAGAAGGACUUCAUUUGUGCAGAAAAAAAAGUCACAUAUCGUUAGUCAAAGUUCUUCAAACAUGAAACAAGGACUUUCUUAGUGUGAUGUAACAGGUGACGCAGCUAUAAAAGGCCAUAAGAAAACACGACUUUACAAUGAAAUUGUUAUAAAAUCAAUAGCCCCUAUCGAAAUUCCAAUUUAACUCUGCACACUUCAGUAACUAAACAAGUGGUCUUCCAAUACAUCGAUAAGCAAGCGUCGGUUUUGCUUUGAUCGGAGUCGUUUAAAAUGUCGAAAUUAUCGAACACACCAGUUGCAUGAUACGUUAUGCUCUCUGUGUAAACGUCGUAUAAACAAAAUACCAAAUAGGGAGAUUGGAAAGCGACUUUACAAGGAGGACUAGUCGUUCACGCUUUUCUUAGUCGCCACAGAGAUACAUCCACCGUUGGGCAAAAUGGCACAAAAACCUGUUAAGCCAUCUGAUUCGCUGGAAAGGCCUAGCCUUGAAGCACUCCAAAAGGUCAAUGAGGACUUCAUAGAAGCUGUGGUGAUGGAAAAGGACCAAAAAUGCACACGAAUCCUUAGGGACAAUGUAUUAUGGGCUAAAGAAAUAUGUGAGAUGGAGAAUAAGUUUGGGCUGCGACCGCUCCACGCCGCUGCGGCUAAAGGAAUUACGUCGAUAGUAGAGGCAAUAGUCAACACAGGGGCAGACGUGAACCUGAGGUUAACGAAAAAUGUAAAGAAACGCCUUGGAGAACGCGUGGAUGUGUUUCCAGCCGGUUGUUCUGCACUGCACCAAGCCUGCAAGUUCGGCCAUCUUGACUCGGCCAAGCUUCUCGUCUCCAAAGGAGCAGAUGUUAAUAUUGUAGACGAGGAGAACAAGUCACCGAUUCAUGAGGCUGCUUGGCAAGGUCACGCCAAUGUGGUGCAGCUUUUGGUAGACAACGGGGCUAAUGUCAACCUCCAGGACAAAUACCUGCAGAGUCCUCUCCACAAGGCCUCAGAGAAUGGGCGUACCGACUGCAGCCGCAUUCUGCUGGACAGCGGAGCCGACAUAGAUGCAGUCAACAAUUUCGGUCGUAGCUCCAUGCAGGAGUGUGCCCAGUCGUACUUAGACACGACCCCAGUGUUUACUAUGCUAGUGGAGAGGGGGGCCAAGGUGGAGCAUCGAGAUCAAAAAGGUACUACUGCACUCCACUUUGUUGCCAGACACGGGCAAAAACAGCGAGCAGAAGUUUUACUUAAACACGGAGCAGACGUCAACGUCAGGAAAAACAGCGGAAAGACUCCCAUGCACGAGGCAGCACGAAGCGGUCACUCCAGCAUGAUUAGAUACCUCCAUAACAAUGGUGGAGACGUUAAUAUCCAGGACCAUCCUGGAUGGUCGCCGCUCCAUCUAGCGGCGCAAGAAGGAAAUACGCAGGCUGCAGAAGUCCUCAUCGAGUUGGGGGCAAAUGUUAACGCCGUAGACGCCAGCGGAUACACCCCACUUCAUUUAGCAGUUCAGAAGAAUAAAGUUGGCACUACGAAAUUGCUCGUGGGUAAAGGCGCAGACCUGACUAUUAAGGACAAAGAAGAAAAUGUCCCUAAAUAUUAUGCCAAAUCAGACGAUUUGCUUAAAAUUCUGAACAAGUAAUUUAAUCAGUUUAGCCCACGGUUUUGAUCAUUUGAUAUACCAUUUAAAAGUGACGUAAAGCUUUCAGGGAAAAGCAAAAGGAAUGUAGGUUUUAAUAUUUUUUCUUAGAUAUGAAGGCAGCAAUUUUCAUCCAAUUCGGAUAUUCUCUUUACUUUAUGAAGCGAACAGCUACAAAAAUGAAUGCCUUUAGAUUAGAAAGAAGCCGGCAAAACAGGACAGGGACCAUUACGAGUCAUUAUCAUGGAGAGAACAAAACGCAGUAUUUGUUCAUGUUCUUCAUUAUAGACUUAAUGUGUAGUGGCACAAACUGAAUAGCGGAAAACAGUUGGUCAGCAUUUUACAAUCGAGGACAGGUUUCUUUAAUUUUUAAAAUUCAGACGUUUCCGUAGAGCCUUCGUGCUAACCCAUUUCAAAAUAGGCUACAGCACAGUAGUAUAAAAAUAGUGUAAAGGGCCAAUAAAUAAAACAACU